AUGGUGGGCAUAUUCAGGAUGACGGAGAUCACUGCACGUCUGCUCUGCGGCUUGCUCCUGCACGAGUUCUGCCGGGAUGAGCUGGGCGACGCAGGGAUCUUCGUGGUUCCGGCCGUGGCAUUGGCAGAUUUCGUUUGCACGGCGGCCUUGGCGAGGCUGACGGGUGUGGCCACGAGGCUUCUCGCGUGCCUCUCCCUCGCGGUUGUCUCCCUGAUGGUGAACGUAAACUUCUUUCAGCGCGACGAGGAGCGAGAGGAAUUCGCCAACUUCCUGGUCGGGCUGCGGGUUUUCGAGUACGUCGCGGUCGCUGCAGCGGCUGGCUGCCACUUCAAGUUCGUGGAGGGCGGAUCCGAAGCUCUGAUGGGCUUCGUCAGAAAGGACCCCGCUCUGUUCGGGGCGGCGCUGUUCUUCAUGUUGUCCUACCCCGUGGCCGUCGUGUUCUGGACGCAGAUCAAGAAGAGGGCCCGUGUGGAGGAGCAGUGGGAGAGCCAGUCGUGA